AUGCCAGAUGCCAAGCCGAGCCCAGGCAAGUUCAAGCGCUUCAACCGCGUGGGCAUCCUGCCAGAUAUUGCCGUGUACGCUCCAGAUCCAAAGGACAAGUCGAGGUCCGUGGCCGAAGUGCACCAAGAAUUCCUCUUCAACCAACGCCAAGAAAUUGAAGACAUCUGCACGGGGUUGCAGGUCCGGCUGGAACAUGUCAAGAAAGCGCUGCCUGUACCCAAACAUGUCGAGGACCCUGAUGACGCGUCCGACGUGAACGUGCCCAGUCCGCUGGAGAAGCGUAUUGAAAUCGAAAUUGCAGCCGAGCAAGACGAAGUCGACACACCGUUGACGCCGCUGGACCACAUGGCGAUUGCGCUGGAGGUUUGUCAGGACGCAUUUCCGGGCAUUGGCAAGGCGCUGCACGACGAGGCCGGCGCCCAACUGAAUGUCGAGUACACGCAAGUGCUGCUGGAGAUGAUCGAGACCAUCGAAAGCUGUGUCCACGACAAGGUGGUGCGGGAUCGGGUGGUCCGCCAGACACAGCUCGAAGUUCGGAGCCCCGAGAAGACUCCCGUGAAGCCCAACCUCGGCAUAUCGCCCACCGCCCAAUUCAAACACUUCCGACAGCAACUGGAUCAGCUCAAGUCGCCAAACCGCAAGGCCCCUCGCCAAGACAAACCACCUGCGUUUGAACUCGAGUCGCUCCUGCAUAAGGGUAACGUCGGAGGUUCUGCCCAAUUGCCCAAAGUGCACAAAGACAAUACGUUUCGCCAAGUGCUCAAGUGCCGCCGGUUCCCCCCCACCAAGGUACCGAAAGAAGAAGCGAUUGAAAAAACGUACUCGUACUGCCCGAUCGAAUCGCGGUUCGACAUGCAGUCGGUGCACAUUGCCGUGGACGAAGCCAAGCCAGUGGCGGACACGUGGGUGGUGGUCGAGUUUCCCAAGGUGCGGCCAUCGUUGACGUCCGACCAAAUGGCGUACUUGAGCCGAUGGCAAGCGGCGCGGUACCGCAAACUCGUGGGGAUGCAAAACACACACGACAGUGACGCGGUACUGCACUUGUACUUGGAGUACACGGACACCGUCAUGUACGAGAUGUGCCGGCUCCUGUUUGACAAGUGCCCGACGUCGGCCAAUCUGCUGUACGGGCUGUGGCACUUCUUCUUCACAGUCGUGGCGUUUAUCAAUAAAACGAUCGAAGAAGAGCUCACGGUGCUGCAGCAAACCGUCCACUGCCUCAAGGUUGAAGUGGAGCAAUACCAGUUGAAAAUAUCCAAACAAGUCGAGGUGGGCAACGCCAUGCGCGUCAAACUCGCCCAAAAGCACAAAGUGAUCUCGUUAGAGCGCGAGAAAUGCAUCCGCCAACGCAACCAGCUCAACCGAUACCUGGCCGCGGACCAAACGCUCGUUCGCCUUGCCAUGACGUUUGUGCAGUCGAUUCACGAUUCCUUUCCGGACAAGUCCACCGCCACCACGUCAUUCCUGUCGUCGUCUUCGGUUCCGUCUCGCCAUUUCACCACCACGGAAGCGCUCGACGAGAUGACGCGCGCCGUGGGGUUGAAGUUUGUCACGUCGUCGACGUCCCCGCCCGAGUCGUCGCGGGUCCACAGACGCCCCCCACGCCUCUCCACCGUCCGCCACAACCUCAUCACCGAGGAUGGCUCGCGCGUGCUCACCCACUUCGACGUCGACUCGAUGGCGCCAGAACUAGACGCGGCGCAGAAACGGCUCGCGCAACUCGUGACCUUGAGCAGCCCCGACUGCACCCUCGGGUGGGACGCCCAGGCGGUAUGGCAGCAUGCGUUCUUUAUCCCCCCUCCCGACGACGUCCUCGAAAUGGAGUACCGCGUCCGGCAUAUGAUUCUCCGCGUCGAGCGCGCCAUCGCCGCCCGCGGUUCGACCCGUCGACGGACCAACAAAGCCAUCCAAGUGGACAUGGACAACAUGGACAACACUCCCACGGCCCCUCUUGAUCCGUCCGAUGGAACAGCCACAAGUCCGGCGCUUCGGCCGACUCUGCGGAGCGUACAACUCGCGGCAGACUUCUGUCGGCCUCCCCCUGGGCCCAAACUCACGCUCAAGCGCAAGGGGGAGCUCAUGAAGGUCGUGCCGCCGUCGUUCCAGCGCUUUAUCCUUCGCAUCAGCACUAGUUAUAACCCGCACGACUACACGGUCGGGGCGGUGUCGCGAGUGAUGACGUUUGUCGCGAAUACGCUGCUGGGGCAAUUGGCUAGCGGCGUGGACAUCCACAGCGACAUCCCCAAGGCCCCCAUGCCGCGGGACAUGGCCGAGAUGGAGUCUCCCAUGGAAGCCGUCUACCGAGUGUAUGUGAUGCGGUUCCGCGUGCCGCUGUUUGCCAACGAGCGACUGAUGGACCUCGUCACAAGCUUGAGCCACUUGGACACCCAAAGCGACAAAAUCCACCUGUGGUGUCGGCUGCUCCAUCUCACAGGCGUCGACCCGCUGCCCCCCGCGGCGUUCUGGUUUGUCCUCCAUGUGCUGCAUGUACUGGCCAAGUGCUCGCAUGACGGGUACUACGUGUGCGAAAGCAGCGACGACGUCGAGUACAUUGGUCAGCAGCCGGCGUGGGAUGCCCUCGGCAUUGUGUUUGCCUCGUUCCCGACCGAGGUGUUUCAGCGGUGCAAGACCAAAUUGAUUGGUCUGUCGCAGAUCUACGGGGCCAUGUGGAUCCCCAUCUACUCGAUCGUGAGCAUGUGUGUGGACGAGUGGGAGGCGCGGUACUUCGCCGUGCGCCUCGAAAUCGACACGCGGUUCGCCAACGCCCUCAAAGUCGACACGUUUGCGUCGUUUCACCACGUCGUCACGUCGUUCGUGCCGCGCGUGCACGCGUACGCGACCGCCGCCGCCUUCACCGCCGCCACCCACAUGUCCCGGUCCACCCGCCCGACACCGUCGGAUUGCACAGCUGCGUGCGUCCAAGCGGGGCUGGUGCCGCCCGAUGCGGCGCCGCAGUUCGACAAGACCGCGCUGCUCUUUGGAACCCCCAGCGACGCCAUGAUGGCCAAGACCACGGAGCUGUCCAUGUCGUUCCUCUCAGUCGUGUGGUCCACGUCGAAAGACGUAGUUGUGCGAGCCAUCGAAGAAGGCGGCGCCGACACCACCGCCGGCCUCCGCCUCGUCUCUCCUCUGGACCACGCCCUCCACGAAGACCCACCCAACGCCGCCAUGUGCUGGAACUUACUCGAACAACUCAUCACCGUGGCCUACGCAGGCUGA